GUCUCUAUGACCAUGUUUAGUCAAAAUGCAACUAAAAUGUCAUGACUGCUGGCGCGAAACUAGAAUGCACCAAGAAACCGGGUUUGUCUGCUUGAAUUGAAUUAGUCAUCCAUAAGAAAGACACCAAGGAUUUCUAGUACCAGUCUCCAUUUUUCAGAGGAUUUCUUAGCAAAGACAAUAAUUGCAUCCAGCCUAGCACUUCUAAAGAGCAUAAAGAUGGCGAUGCGUGAUAGUCAUCGUUUAUUUCUACAGUCCUUCAUGUCACGUGGACUCCUGGAUGCCAAAGAAGUCAGGCUUCUCUUCAAAACUGUGUGCCUAAAAUUCAACGAGCCUACUGCUGACAAAGAAGAUGACAGAAAAUUACAACUGCUUGAGUUUGUCCGAACAAUUAACAUGAAAAUUCGCCCAUUUCACAUGGAAAUUAAGAAGGGAGUCAGUGAAGAUGAAGGGGCCAGUUAUUACUGCCUGGUUUGUACCAAUGAGAGUGCCAUCACAAGGUUAGCCUCUGAUUACACUCAGAGCGAACUGGAAUUCUUCAAAAAGCUGGUUGACCACGUUGUGGAAAAUGAGGGAGAGAUUGGAUCUACUGCUGCCAUCAACAUUGUGGACAAAUUGGAUAAAAAUAUGAAAAAAAUGACAAAACAAGAUGCACAGGCCCUUUUACAGAAACUAGAAUCAGCCAAAUGGAUUCUAAUACACCAGGGAACAGGAAAGGUAUCACUGUCGACAAGAUGUCUAUUGGAACUAGAACAGUAUAUCCUCGAUGUGUAUGGAGCCGAGGAUGGAAAUCUGAAAUGUAACAUGUGUAACAAACUCUGUAUUAAGGGACAGAGCUGUGAUAACUGUCAGACCAAACUCCACCUACACUGUGCCAGCAGAUUCUUCCAGAAUAAAGACAACCCCAAGUGUCCCAAUAAAAACUGUGGGUCAUCCUGGCCUCACCCAGUCCCAAAGAAAGGUCCAUCCGCUGAUACACAGAGCAGCCAGGUACCCUCUACAUCCUCCUCAACAGAUGCUAUUUCUAGCCGCAAAAGAAAAGGACGACCUUGACCUAAAUUGUUGGGUG